AUGACAGGAUUUGGUUCUCCUUGUGGAGCUUGCAAAUUUUUGAGAAGAAAAUGUUUAAGGGGUUGUGUUUUUGCUCCUUACUUUUGUCAUGAACAAGGAGCUACACACUUCGCCGCAAUUCACAAAGUUUUCGGUGCAAGCAAUGUUUCAAAGCUUAUCAUUCAUCUCCCAUUAGGUGACCGCUGUGAAGCUGCUGUUACAAUUUCAUACGAAGGUCAAGCUAGAAUCCGAGAUCCUGUUGUGAGCUUGCAAGAACAAUUAACGACACUGAAAGCACAACAAGUAGCCCAUUGUUUUGUUAAUGAAGGAAACAUAACUACUUCAACAAACGAUCAUAUUCAUCAACACGAUAAUCACAACAAAUUGUUCUAUGGAGAUUUUCCUACUACAUAUCCACAAGAUAUUGAAGCUUUAUAUAUGCAGUUAAACGAAUCGAAGAUAUCAUCGAAACAGUUAUAUCAAAACAAUACUUCCAUGAAUGAUAGUAAUAGUACUGCUACCACUGAUGAUGAAAACAUUUUCUAUUAUGAAAAUGGAGUAGUGAAUAUGGAAAAUUCACCAAGUAACCAAGUGAGCCAAGAAUAUGAUGAUCCUGAAUCUUUUACACCACCUGAAGAAGCUAUUCAUCAAUUUAUGACUAGUUCAAGUUUUGAUGAGCAAUACUCAUUUGAUGAACACCAACACGCAGAAAUGGCUUCUCUAAAACUGGAUGUGCAAAUGGAUUCAAGGAAUUGGACUUUCCAAGAAACUAAUCAAGUCGACCUUCAAUCGAUGGAUUUUGCUUAUCUUCAACACUCGUAA